UCCUUUGGUUAAUUUCAGUUCACUGUGUCUCUGCUAAGUGCAAAACAUUCUGGAGUGAAUAGUGCAGCACUGCAGCCAUAAACAGGAAAAGUGGAAAACAGCGAGAGCAGAGGACCAUGGUAACAAUUGCUGCAGCCAACGCCACCAAGAGAAUAGAGACUUACGAGGAGUUCGCAAAAGUACACGCCAUACUCCUCGCUGCUUCGGGCUUGCCCGAGUCCCUCCACCGCCGCCUCUUCCAGAAGCUCUCCGCCGAGUGCUUCGACGGCGGUAACUACUUCCAGAUCGAGCCAUGCGAGGAAGGCCGCCAGAGGCUCCUCGUCCUCACCGCGGAAUCCAUGGCAAAGCACUCCGACGUCUUCCUCGUCGACCAUGCUUGGACCUUCAGACUCACCGAUGCUUACAAGCAGCUGCAUGAGGUUCCGGGAUUGGCGGAGAGGAUGGGGGCGUUGAUGUGUGUGGAUAUUAAUUUGAAUGCAGAGGGAGAAGAUGAUGGAGCUUUGAGUGAUACACGUGGCAGUGUUACAGAGGUUCUGGAGAGUGAGGUUCGAGAAGCAAAAGAGAAAAGUGAUGGUAAGUUGAGGUGGUUGGAGCUUGAGGGGCUUGAUAUAAAUGAUGAGAUGCUCUUGUCUCUCGAAUUACCAACUGGAUUUCCGGAUUUAGUGGCCCUUAGCCUGCUUGGAAACAAGCUCAAUAGAGUGGAAACAAUUGUUCAGGAAGUUAGCAAAUUUAAACAACUUAAAGGACUCUGGCUGAACAAUAACCCGGUUCUAGAAAAAGGUGAUAGUGAACUUGUGGAUGCACUUCUUAAGGAGUUGCCAGAACUGGAAAUUUAUAAUUCAACUUUCACAAGCAAUUUUGGGGAAUGGGCCUUGGGGUUCUGUGCAGGGAUAUAUGAAAAGGAUAACCCAGGAAAUGUUGAUCAGGCUAGUACUCCGUUGCAGAGUGUGUCAACUCUUGAUCUUUCAAAUAGAAAUAUUCACAGUUUAAUCAACAAGGCAUUUACACCCAAUUGUUUGCCAUCUCUUUCAUGCCUGAAUAUUCGUGGAAAUCCAUUGGAGCAAAACUCAAUUGGUGGCUUAUUAGAUCUAUUAAGGACAUUCCCUUCAUUGUGUUCUUUGGAGGUGGAUAUUCCUGGUCCACUUGGAGGAAGUGCCGUUGAAAUCCUGGAAUCACUUCCUAACAUUUCCCAGCUAAAUGGCAUCAGUGCAUCAAAAAUAUGGGAAACUGGAAAGCAUGUUAUAGAUUCAGUGCUUCUUCCUCGUCUUCCGGAGUGGACUGCUGAUGACCCUCUUGCUGAUCGUAUUGUAAAUGCAAUGUGGCAAUAUCUAAUGACAUAUAGACUUGCUAAUGAAGAAAAAUUAGAUGAGACUUCUGUUUGGUAUGUGAUGGAUGAACUGGGUUCGGCUUUGCGGCAUAGUGAUGAACCAAAUUUCAGAGUGGCACCUUUUCUUUUCAUGCCUGAUGGUACUUUGGCAUCAGCUGUGAGCUUUUCUAUUCUGUGGCCAACACAGAACGUUAUAAAAGGUGAUGAAUGCACUCGUGAUUUUCUACUUGGUAUUGGGGAGGAUAGACAACGUUCUGCCAGACUUACUGCCUGGUUCCACACACCAGAGAACUAUUUUGUCCAAGAGUAUGAGAAGCACAAUCAGAAAUUGCAAUCCAGAAGCUUAACAUUACCCAAGGUGCAGUCUUCUGAGACUAGAAGCAUUCGUCAUCAUGAUGGUCGUGCUUUACGUGUCUACACAGAUAUACCGCACGUGGAGGAAAACUUGACACAUCCUGAUUUUGUAAUCACAAAGGAACCAAAAGAUGCAGAUAUAAUAUGGACAAGUGAGCAGGUAGAUGAAGAGAUGAAGAAAGCUACAGGAAUAACAGAUCAUCAAUACAUCAACCAAUUUCCAUUUGAGGCAUGUCUUGUAAUGAAACAUCAUUUGGCAGAGACAAUUCAGAAGGCACAUGGAUCUCCUCAAUGGCUGCAGCCUACUUAUAACCUUGAAACACAUCUGUCUCAACUUAUUGGUGACUAUCACGUACGCAAAAGAAAAGGACUAGACAACCUUUGGAUCUUAAAACCUUGGAACAUGGCCCGAACUAUUGAUACAACUGUAACUGAUAACUUACCUUCGAUUAUCCGGCUCAUGGAAACAGGUCCAAAGAUUUGCCAGAAGUAUAUUGAAGAACCUGCUUUGUUCCAGGGGAAAAAGUUUGAUCUCCGUUACAUCGUAUUGGUCCGGAGCAUGAAUCCUUUGGAGAUAUUCCUGUCAGAUUGUUUCUGGGUUAGGAUAGCCAAUAAUAAAUAUUCUCUGGACAGAAGUAGUUUUUUUGAGUAUGAAACUCACUUCACCGUUAUGAAUUAUCGUGGAAGAAUAAAUUUCAAGAAUACUAAAGAUUUUGUGAGGGAAUUUGAGGAAGAGCAUCAAGUUAAAUGGUCAGAUAUACAUACUCGAGUAAGAAACAUGAUUCUAUCUGUAUUCGAGUCGGCUGCUGUUGUACAUCCAGAGAUGCAUAGUACAAAAUCAAGGGCCAUUUAUGGUGUAGAUGUCAUGUUGGACAGAUAUUUCCAACCAAAGAUACUUGAGGUGACAUACUGUCCGGACUGUACUCGAGCAUGCAAAUACGACAUGGAGAUUGUGGUAGGAGACGGAGGUGUUGCCAAGGGGUGUGAUUUUUUCAACAAUGUGUUUAGGUGUCUCUUUUUGAAUGAGAUUUCACAGGUUAGCCCGUUGUAUUACAAGCAUAAUUAGGAACGAAGGAUUUUAAUUAUAGCCGCAUGGGUCAAAGUUUCUUGGAUUUCGGUGUUUGUGUAGUCAAGGAUUGUUGCACAAGCUAAAAUACGGUUUCAACGAGCUUGUGUCAUCGAGGAUUGUCAUGUGUGUUGUAGUUAGCUGGUGUGGUUGUUGCACCGAGAACAUCCAAGCGUUUGUGUUGUCAAGGAUUGGCAGGUAUGGUGGUCGCAAGUCGCAAUGAGGAUAUCCAAGGGAAUGUUUCGUUGAGGA